AAAACCUUCCAUCAGUCUCGUGUUUGUAGAAGUUGUCAGCAAUCCUGCUUUGAUUGUAAAGGGUUUACAGCUAUAUGUUUGAAUAGCUGAAACAUCUGUUCAGCAACGUUGUGAAAUCCUCGUGUUCGGAACCCCUGAUAAGGGGGACUGCUGAGCGAUUGGCUCGUAGAGGCUUUACAGGCAGCAAGAGUGGUCACCGCUCGCCUUUCCUCCUCCUCCUGGUCAGAGGAAAACGUAGGAGACAGCUACUAUUUUACGCACAAUUUUCCUUUGAGAGGGGGGAGAGCAGGAAGUGCCUAGGAAAUGGUUCACGACAGAAACCUGGAGUUGUAAAUAGGGAGAGGAGGAGGAGAGCUCAUGGGUGCAGUUUGUGAACAGUUGAAAUACUGAUAGCACGCCAGCAGAGGAAAACCAGAAUUCUGCGAGAGCGAGCACGUCCCAAGCCAUGCCGAUGGAAGGAGAGACAGUACCCGAGGCCGGGAGAGCAGCCAGCAAAGCCACACGGAUCGCCCUCGGCGUCUUUGUGAGUGGCACCGUUGUGCUUGGCACUGCGCUUUUCUUGGUCAGCCAAGGUCUUAUAAAGUUUCAUCCGAAGCAACAGUACUGUUUGACCGCAGAAUGCAUUGAAGCUGCUGCUGCCAUCUUAAGCAAGAUAAAUCAAUCUGUAGAUCCAUGUGAGGACUUUUACCGAUUUGCAUGUGAUGGCUGGAUAUAUAAUCACCCUAUUCCUGAAGACAUGUCAAACUAUGGUGUUUAUCCUUGGCUGCGACACAAUGUGGACCUCAAACUAAAGGCAUUGCUUGAGAAACCCAUCAGCAAAAGACGAGACAGUGAAGCUGUACAGAAGGCCAAGAUCCUUUAUGCAUCCUGCAUGAAUGAGAAUAAAAUUGAAAAAGCCGAUGUGAAACCCCUGUUAAGUAUACUGAGGCAUUCACCCUUCCGCUGGCCUGUGCUGGAAUCCAACAUCGGACCUGAAGGGCUGUGGUCAGAAAGGAGGUUUAGCUUAGUCCAAGCUUUGGCCACUCUCCGUGGUCAAUACAGUAACUCUGUCUUCAUCCGAUUAUAUGUGGCUGCUGAUGACAAAAUCUCCAAUCGAUAUAUCCUGAAGCUUGACCAAGCAAGCCUCUCUCUUGCAUCUCGAGAGGAUUACCUAGAAAACACCACUGAAGCCAAAUCUUACCGAGAUGCCUUUUUGCAGUUCAUGGUUGAUACAGCAGUGCUUCUGGGCGCAAAUGCUUCACGAGCCGAAUCUGAUAUGAAGUCGGUUCUAAAACUGGAAGUUAAAAUAGCUGAGAUCAUGAUUCCAUAUGAAAAUCGAACAAGUGAGGUGAUGUACAAUAAGAUGAACAUAUCAGAGCUUAGUGCCAUGAUUCCACAGUUUGACUGGCUGGGAUACAUCAAGAAGGUGAUUGACACCAGGCUCUAUCCUGAACUCAAAGAUAUAGGUCCUUCAGAAAACGUGAUUGUCCGUGUUCCCCAGUACUUCAAAGAUUUAUUCAGGAUACUAGAAAACGAAAGGAAAAAGACUCUUGCCAAUUAUCUGGUGUGGAGGAUGGUUUAUUCAAGGUUAUUUAACCUCAGUAGACGUUUUCAGUAUCGGUGGCUGGAAUUUUCUCGGGUGAUCCAUGGAACCACAACUUUGCUGCCUCAGUGGGAUAAAUGCGUGGACCUCGUUGAGAGUGCGCUCCCCUAUGUUGUGGGCAAGAUGUUUGUGAAGGCCCACUUUCAAGAAGACAAGAAAGAGAUGAUGGAGGAGCUGACUGAAGGAAUUCGCUGGGCUUUUAUUGACAUGUUGGAAAAGGAAAACGACUGGAUGGACUCUGAAACAAAAAGAAAAGCUUAUGAGAAGGCAAAAGCAGUUAUGGCAAAAGUGGGUUACCCUCAGUUUAUAAUGAAUGACACAUACAUUAAUGAAGACAUCAAAACACUGAAGUUUACAGAAAGUGACUAUUUUGGCAAUGUGUUGCAAACUCGCAAAUAUGCAGCCCAAUCUGAUUUCUACUGGCUUAGAAGAGAAGUUCCAAAAACAGAGUGGUUUACAAGCCCAACUACUGUAAAUGCUUUUUAUAGUGCAUCUACCAACCAGAUCAGAUUCCCAGCAGGAGAACUGCAAAAGCCUUUCUUUUGGGGAACAGAGUAUCCUAGGUCAUUAAGCUACGGUGCCAUAGGAGUAAUUGUUGGCCACGAGUUUACUCAUGGAUUUGAUAGCAAUGGCCGAAAAUAUGACAAAAAUGGAAAUUUAGACCCUUGGUGGACAACUGAAUCUGAAGAAAAAUUUAAAGAGAAAACAAAAUGCAUGAUCAAUCAAUACAGCAAUUACUACUGGAAGAAAGCUGGCUUACACGUGAAAGGCAAGAGGACUUUGGCAGAAAACAUUGCUGAUAAUGGAGGUCUGCGAGAGGCUUUCAGGGCAUACAGGAGAUGGAUUACAGAAAAGAGGGGAGGAGAAGAGGAGCCUUUACUGCCAGGCCUUGAGUUCACACACAACCAGCUUUUCUUUCUGAGUUAUGCCCACGUAAGAUGCAACUCCUUUAGACCAGAAUCUGCAAGAGAGCAAAUAUAUAUGGGAGCUCACAGCCCUCCUCACUUCAGAGUUAUCGGUGCCAUGAGCAACUUUGAAGAGUUCCAUAAAGCUUUCAAUUGCCCAACAAACACGACGAUGAACCGAGGGGCAGAAUCCUGCCGGCUGUGGUAGACAUCCCUUCCAAGGUCUUCUGUCAAGAGGGGUCUGCAAUGUGAACUGCUGCGCCUGAGCUCAAGCCCUCUGCUAGACUUUCAGAAUAAUGUUCUGCGAUCUGGAGAGGUGUUAACUUCAAAUGCAUCUUCCUUAUCCAUGCUGAUAGCCUGCACGGAUCUAAUCACUUUCUAUCCAGAACCUAGAAACGUUUAAAAUAGGAGCGGAGGAUGGGUUUUCUUUAAUAAUAAUAAAAAGGAACUCUUUUUACCCAUAAAGCUACUCUCGUUCAUCUGCAGUUGCAUCGCUGUUGAUGGAUAACUGCCAUUAUCAAUUCUAAUUCCUGAUUUAUAGUUGAGCACGAGGUAAAUGCUAAAAUCCAGUUUUAAUCUAUUGCUCUGCAGGGGUUCUAUGCAGAAUGUGCCCCCACAAAAUUUAUUCUUUCUGGAUGAAGAAAUUCAUGAGACCUGCUAUAAAGCCAGCUCUGAUCUGCUGUGUGAUACAGCAUUUUCAUAACUUAAACUGCCACUGCCCAGCAUGCCAUAAAUGAUGUUGCAUGAUGUAAAGACACAAGACUUUAUAUAAAUUCGGUUUAAUAUGUCAGAUUAGUGCCUCAGGUUUUGGAGCAGUUUCAAGCUGAGAAAGCACCUCCUGGUUUCCAUCUGCUAAGACUAAACAGAAAGGAAACUUUUCAGAUCUUGGCCUUUUCUAAUUUUAGAACAGCUUAUGAUAAAAAUCAAUGCAUGGUGAAAAUCAGAGGCUUGCAGAGGGAAUUCCCAGCACCACGAUACUCAGAUCUGUUACAGUGUAGGCAGUUUUUUUUUUCCCAAGGGGUGAUUUUUACCUUGUGCUGAAGGUAGCUUCAAGUACAUUUAUUUUUAAGCCUGAAAUACUAUACCAGUUUGAGUUUAGGGAUGUGUCUGGGUCUUACAGAGGAAUGUACAUUGUGUGUGUGUUUGUCCUCAUGUUCUGGACAAAACAUGGUGACUUGUGAUUUUAAGGAAAGAAGAAUAUGUGACUGAAAAAUAGAGUAUCAGCAGCAUUUGACUUGUCUGGAUAAAAAUAGCAAUUCAGGAGUAGAGGACUUUUAAAUACAGUAUACACGCAGGCCACUUGAGCUUUUAAUUUGUUUUGAUUUCUAAAUAUAUUCAUAAAAAUAUAUAUAUUUUAUUGCAGCAGAAGAACCUUAACAUAUAACUAUUAUUAAGGUGGGAACAGGGACAAAAAACCAGCCCUUUCUUCCUCAUCAGAAAGAUACAUAUUUAACUGGUAUUUAUUUAUACCUUGUGCAUUAAUUCAUUUUUACAUAGUGGAGUUUUUUCAAAUGGAGAGAGAGCUUCUUUAGACUGAUAUAAUUACUGCUAAUCUAUAUAUGUCUCUGUGUGUAUAUACUUUUUUUAAUAUAUAUAUAUACAAAAUAUAUAAAUUCUUAUAUUUGCUUAAAUUUUAUUUUAUCAAUGUAGAAAUGUUAUUUUUACAAGGAUUGGUCAAAUAUUUUCCUACACUCAAGUUAGAGGAAGGUUCAAUUGAAGCUAAGUUUUUUUUUGCAAACAGGGUUAGUUUCCUAUGUUUCUUUAUAAAGAAGGGGAACAUCAUGGAAACAUAAUUUAUGGAGGGAGACAGGCCCUCAACCUACGUUCCAGUGAGAAGGAAGACCAGACUUCUGAACUCAAGGCCCUGUUGCCACUUCUUAGAAAUAAAAUAUUGUGUUUGGGGACCAGGACUUUCUUUUUUUCAAUUUUUCCCUGAAAAAGUCAAAGUUUUCCUAAGAGGAAAAGCACUUCUGCUUCCUUCAAGCCAGCUCUUGAUGUUGGCUGCUUUGGAUCAACAGCACAAAGUUCAGGGGUGACACCCUGGCCCCAUUAAAGGUAGUACCAAUACGGUCGUUGUCCUCAGAAAAGUCAGGACAACAACUCAAACACUUAUCUAAACUUUCUAAAUUACUGGACUAUGCAAAGCCAGUUUCACAACAGUCAGCUCUGAGAUUUCUAAUUUUAUCUCUCAGGUCAGAGAUGCAUUUGCAAGAGCUCCUCUCUCAUGGCUAUUUUCCAGUGGGACAGAUUCUGUCACUUUGUGGUUUAUGGGGUUGUUUCUCUGUACUGGAUAGUGAUUUCUUCUGCAACGCCUUAUGUUCACUGCCUUAAAUGUCACUUUUGCUGCUCCUUGCUGGGGUCAAGUCUUUUGUGUUUAAUACCAAGGAUUCUUUGAACUGUGGUAUGUAUAUUCCCAGCAGCACAGGAACCACGGCAAAACUGUCUCAUCCUUGCUAGGGCAUCUCCUGCCAGCAGGCAAGGGGCCAGGUCCUGGGCUGGGGGGAUAGAGGCGAGCUGGAGGGUUUGGGGGCAAGGCACCAGGAGGGGAGGAAGAGAGGGCAUGACCAGAUUUUGUACCCUGAUUUAGCAGCUGAGAGGGGGCUUACACACUGCCAGGAAAAACAGAACUCCUCGCUGAUGACCAGCACAUUCAUUGUUGGUAUCCCAGUUUGGGGAAUCCUUGCUAUAGACUCAGGUUUUCAGCGCCUUGGCCUUAGGUCUUGCAUAUGCCCGUGCGAGGAUCCCUUCCCGCCUCACCUGCCCGCUUUUUACCUCAAACCAAGCAGACGAUGAUGCAACUUCCAGUUCACUUUGGAGUCAGCUAUUUAGGUACCAGUUGGAAAGCAAAGCAGAAGGUAAUUAAACUCAUUCUUAAAAACUCAGUCACCAAAGACAGCUAAAGCAUAGUGGUGCUCUGUGAGGGCUCUUCCCAUUGCCUCUGUUUUACCAGACCCCCUGGCCCUGCUUCGCUUUCACACUGUGCCUCCUGGGUCUGUGCGGGCAAUGCCUUCCUGUGUUGCUGUCAGGCUCACUUAUUACAUCUAUGCAAACAGAUGCUUCAUGAUAUAUAUUCUUCUCCCAGGGCUUUUAAACUGUUUUUUUUUUAUUUUGUUUUGUUUUUCUUUUUUUUAAAUUGCCAGUAAUAUUGUGAAAUGUUUUUUUUCUGUUGACUCAGUAAUCAUCUUCUCUUCCAGUGAUCAGGAGGGGAAGGAUCACUUAUGAAUGAAACAUUUUUACCUGUGUAAAUUUGAAGAGAUAUUUUUCUACUGUGUAGACAUAAAGAAACAGCCUCUACUCCUGUCCCAUGUUCUCUUCUUUAAGUCCUGAAAAAAAUGUAAAUCUUUUCACCACUCCUCUUUUCACCUCUCCUCUUUUCACUUCUUUUUCUGGUUCAACCCUGAAAACACUAAAACACCACCUUAUACACUGUGAGUAUUUCUGCUUACCACAUUGUGAAAGGGUUAGCUUUACACAUAAGUAGCUCUCUGAAAAGGCAGCUGUGCUAUUCACCUCUGUAAACUUCUUAGGUACCUAAAUGAUGUCCAAGCUCAGUCUGGAUGCUGGAGAACCAAAAAACCCAGUUGGAUUAUAAAGCUCUGUCUUGUGCCUUGUGCAGGGGAACUUCAGCAUUCUUUAGGUAGGAAUGCUAUCAUGACACUAAAUGUUUGAAUUAUUUAUAAAAUAAUCAGGUGGUUUUAUGCGUAACUUCUCAUUGAGUAUUACUCAACAUAUUACAGGCUUAGAAGUAUAUCUCACAGCCAUGUUUUAUAUAUAUAUAUAUAUAUAUAUUUAUCUGUCUCCAAAGAAAUAUUAAAAGCCUGACAACUCAAGAGCCAGAAGUAUAGUGAGUUAAAAGGUCUUUUGUGUUUAUGUCUUUUUAAUCUGGAUUUUUAUUUUGCUAGUCAGUGUAUUGUGCUUUUAAUUUUUUUCUUCUUACGUAAUACGUUAAUUGACUGUUUUAAAGACAAUUGUGUUAUCCAAUAAAAGCCAAAGUAAUGAAGAAUUUUCUUGUGCUUGCAGUACAGCAAAAGCUGCUUGGCCUGUCGCUGUUCGACUCUUCAGUGUUACUUCUACAAUAUGUAGUCUUUAUAAAAUGUAAUAAAGUGCAUGAUGAC